GUUCCGGUGUCUGGGAACCCGCUGGGAGGUUUUCCCUCGGAGAGGAGAGCAGCCUCAGGCGAACUCAUUGGCAUCUGAUUGGCUGUCCCGAGAAAGUGACACGGCUUCGCGGUCCCCGGCGAAGAGCCGAGAGGAGGCGGGCCCGCUGGGCUUUGGGCGCGAGCGGUUGAAAGACGGUUGGUAUUGGUUCGGCCUCCCAAGUCCGGUCCAGUCGCCCAGCCGCGCUCCAUGGCGAACCCUGACGGGCUGCAGGUUUCCCCGCCGCCACCGCCCCCUUCUUCUUCUUCUCCAGACACGUCUUCAGCAUCUUCCCCCGGCACCCCAGGGGGUUUGGGCUUGCCUGUUCCGAGCAGGAGCAGCGGCCGACUGGUGGACCCGCUGGAAGAGGUGGAGCUGCAGAUCGGAGACGCAGCAUUUUCAUUAACCAAACUUCUGGAAGCCACAUCUGCAGUAUCAGCUCAAGUGGAAGAGCUUGCCUUCAAAUGUACAGAAAAUGCACGUUUCCUUAAAACAUGGCGGGACCUCUUGAAAGAAGGCUAUGAUUCCUUGAAGCCUGAUGACUGAUUUGACUGUAAUAAUGCAUACCUCCUCAUCUAUGAUGUUUGCACAUGUACCAUGGAGACUGGAUGAUCGCACGGUUCUGGAUACUUAAAGAUGAAAAUUUUCUUGGUUUUCUUCAUUUUGUGAAAACAGAAUGCUGAUGUUAUUUUUGAGGCUGAUUCAUAUUUUUUUAUCUUUAAACACUUUCUGUUCUCUGAACUUUCAAAGACUCUUUUAUGAAAGUUAAUCAGUAGGUAAUAAUGCCACAGUGUUGCCAGUAGCAAACUAGGUGAACCAUUAUGCUCUUCUAUUUGCAAGAAGAUGCCAAGAAGAGCAGAAUUUGAAAUUGAGCUUUAUUUAUGGCCCAAAGAAAGUAAACUUUCAUGUUACCAAUGUUAGAUUUAGCUUCACUGGGCUAAGUUCCCUAGAACCAAUGAUUGUGUCUUAGUUACUUACAUAUUUCCAGCAACCUAAAACACUGUUACACAACAGUCACUAAAUGUUUGUUAAAUAAGAGUUGGCAGCAUAAUUAAAAGCUGCUUUUUCUUUUAACUUUAGCAUAAAGAUGUUAAUUGUUUCUUGAAAAAGUAUUUGAGUCAGAACUUCACUGACUUUAAGGAAAAUGUUAUCUUUCUUUUUUUAAACAGGAAUUUGAACUUUGAUAACAACUUUUAAAAAUACAUGAUAAAUAUUUUUCACCCCUCUGUGAUACUUUUCAAAAAAACUUUUACUGAAGCCUGUCUUGAAAAAAUACGUAUUUUUUUUCCCCUCUAUUUCUGAGGUUAACUGCUUUUAUGGAUAUUUCUUAUAUUCACUGUUUUAUAUGUUUAAUUGUUCUCCUUAAAGUGCCUUAUCAAAAUUAUGGCUUUGUAGUAUUACUUUUGGAGCUUGGCAGGUAAUAAUUUUAAAUUCUGAGUGUAAUAAUUCUAAACAAGUACUUUAAAAAAAUGCAUCAAAUUUAAAUGAUGUAAUUGUUUUCAUAUUAUUUGAUCUUCAUGGCAAUGCUCUGUUUUACUUGUCUCAUAUGUUGUGCACACGCGCUCUCUUUUGGUGAGUUUGUGUCAUAUGUGUCGGUGAUCAAGCCGACUAAUUCUCUGUUGUGUGACUUCUGGACAUAUCUGAUGCAGCGUCUUAAUUCUUGUAGCUGUGGAGGUAUGCACAGAACUACACUUCCAAGCCCCACAAUGGGCCUGUGAAAGGGGACACAUGGAUGGGCAAAGGAUAGUGUUAUUUAGCAUAUUAAGUCACAGUUCUUGAUUAAGUUUUUCUGUUAAAGAUAACACUUGUGGUGUGUUGCUAUACCAAAGAGAUGCUUAUUUUGAUGUUAGAAAAAUAUUUUUCUUAGGUGUCGUGAAAAUUGCAAUUUUUAAAAUCUAUAAAAAUAAGAUUGUUCAAAGCAAAUGUUAUUUUCAUUUCUUCAGGUUCCUUAUUUUAAAACUUUACUGAAAUAUUUCCAACCUAAGAGGAAAGGUGAAUCACUUAAAGAACACCCAUGUAUUUCCACCAUGCAAAUUUAAUAAGUGUUAGCAUUUGGUUAUGUUUUCUUUAGAUCUAUGAAUAUAUUAAUAUGUAAGUGUUAGAUUCAUUUGAAACUAAUUGUAUUACCUUUUGAUUCCAUCCCUUUCUCCCCGGAGAUAACGUCUGUCCUAGAGGGACUGCAUAUUCUAGUUUGUGUUUUUAUGUUUUUAACACACACAUGUGUUACCAAAACACUACAAAGUACUGUCUUGAAACUAAUAUUAUUGACUGUAUGUCAAAUAAAAAAAUACUAUUUUGUGUGUGUAGUAACCAGCCUCCAGAGGGCCCCAAUGGUCUUCUGAUAUUCAUUUCUUAUAGAUAGUCCCCAACACUGAAUAGUGCUGCCUCGUGUAAGUACAGGAUAUUGAGGAAAUGUGGUGUGAUUUCACAGGCGAUAACUUUUGCCCAUUUUUCUGGUUUGUCUUUUCCUUAUGGAUUUAUAGCUGUUACAUAUUUUCGAUACUACAUAAUGCUCUGUUAUGUAUGUUUCAACUGUCUUGAAGUCUGUGUAUCCUUGUAUUUGAUUAUAGAAUCUUCUUAAAUAAACACUUUUAAUUUUAAUGUAA